CGAGGUGACGUUGAGGCGUCGGGGCUCUCGAGAACGUCGGGACGCAUUCUACUGUUUCGUCCGAUUAACACCUUUGUAGAAAUAUGUAUUAAUUUGUACGGGACGCCUGAAACUUUCAGUGUUUACAUAACGACGAGGAAUUAUAAAUAUGAUAAAGGUGGAUGAGAAUGAUCCCGUUGGGGAGGUCCAACUGAGUUUCCCAUACAGAAAUGUGGAAAUAAAAAGGAAUGUAGACCCCAAGGACGAGUACGACUUAGAAACUGAAAUAGGAAGAGGAAAAUUUGGCACAGUGUAUCGCUGUCGAGAGAAAAGCAGUGGUUUGGCAUUGGCAGCAAAAUUUAUAGCCGUACCUAAGAAAGAAGACAGGAGGAAUGUCGAACGUGAAAUAGACAUAAUGAAACAACUCCAACAUCCCCGACUCAUACAAAUAUAUGACGCAUUUGAGAAUGGGAAAAUAAUGACUGUUAUACUGGAACUAAUUGAAGGUGGUGAACUGUUUGAACGUGUAAUUGAUGACGACUUCAUUUUAACGGAGAAAAGCUGCACGGUUUUCAUGAGGCAAAUAUGCGAGGGCAUGGACUUCAUACACAAACAGAAAAUCCUACAUCUGGAUAUGAAGCCAGAAAACGUGCUGUGUCUGACCAAAACUGGAAACCGGAUAAAAAUCAUAGACUUCGGACUGGCCAGACGUUUUGACCCUAGUAAAAAGCUUCAGGUUUUGUUUGGAACACCUGAGUUUGUUGCCCCGGAAGUUGUCAACUUCGAUUCUAUUGGAUACGGAACUGACAUGUGGUCCAUCGGAGUUAUAUGCUAUGUUCUCUUAUCUGGUCUUUCCCCCUUUAUGGGAGCUACAGACGUAGAAACAAUGGCUAAUGUGACUAUAGCCAAGUACGACUUUGAUGAUGAAGCUUUUCUAGAGAUAUCAGAUAAUGCUAAGGAUUUCAUAGAAAGGCUUUUAGUUAAGGAUAUGAGUAAAAGAAUGUUGGCAAGUGAUUGCUUAAAACAUGCGUGGCUAAAAAGGAAAGAAACUAAUGCCCCUAAGCCACCGAUGGAAGUCACGAAAGAUAAUCUACGUCAGUUUGUGGAGAGGUGGAACGAACAUCCAAAUUCACCUUAUAUCUUUCAAGUUGACACUCCGAUUUAUAGAAACGAGGGCCUAAUAACAGACUCGUUGUCGGGUGGAUCCCCGUCUCCUUGUGAAUCCCUCUCCUCCCUGCCAGAUGCUGACAAUAGAUACCUAAAUUAUACGUCCAAUAAUUAUGAACUGCCUUCACUACGUAGAGCAUCCGACAGUACUGGCAUAGUAAAAACUAACGAUGUUGUGGAAAGAAUCAAUCUUGCCGAGGAAAUUCGUAAAUUAUCAGAUAAACUGUAUCAACUGUCGAACAUGCCGACGAACAUGACCAAUAACAAAAGCCCUUUCGACGAACACGAUCGAUCGGAGGAAAGCAAAGAAAGCUACGAAAUGUAUAACUCGGCCAGACCUCAAUCACCUCCUUUGAACGGCAACCAAGAUCUGCCCAAAGACCACCCGAGCAGUCCAAACUGCACGAUACCAUGGAGAAGAACCAAAUACAAAUUAAACCACAUGAGCAGAGACGUUCCACUCAUCGACGGACACAUGAUAACUAAAAUGACCGCUAAACGAGCCGAUUCGCUGAACAAUCACGUGGCAUACUCGGCGUCGUUCUCCAGCAGGUCGAACAACAUCAACGGAACGAAGGACUUGCUUUUGAAACUCCUGGAACGAUGGGAACGGCCCAAAAUGCCGGCCAGACCGACGCCCAGACACAGUUCCAUUUCGUCCGAGUGGGGGGAAAGCGACCACCUCGCACAGAGGUCGAUUAGUUCGUUAAACACGUUUUUCCAAUUGAGGACUGCCAAUAAAAAAGUCACUCCAUUCCAUCAACAGCACUGAAAAGUUCUCGACCAACUGCCGCAGAAGCCCUCGAGCAUCCGUGGUUGAAUAUUCUCACCGAACAUUCAGAUGUAGAACUAAGUAAAUCAAAAUUGAGGAGAUACGUCAUCAAAAAACGUUGGAUCAAAGUGGUCAAUACGAUCA